AUGUUCAGACGCGGGCGCAGAGGAUCGGAAGCGUCUGCCUCUACCAACGGCGUCGAUGCGCCGGGCAUCACCGUGACCGAUGCGUCGCCCAGGCCAGACAUGACCCCCCGCAUGUCCUCCAGGCCGGCAGUGCGCGUCAAUCGACUCUCACGACCAAGCCAGAGCCCGCUCAUACACAACCACGGCGCGCCCCAAUACCAGAACAGGACGCCCCAGCCACCGCCUCGGCUCCCGCACCCGGCCCGCCAGCGCUCGACGAGCGACCCCACCGGCCGCGCGCCAGUCGAGAUUGCACGCACUCCCCGCGGCGCACCCACCCUCGCACCGGCCCCACCGGGCGCUGUACACCCAGAACCGCACAAUACGAUCCCUAUACCGGCCAGUGUGACCGGCGAGGGUGUGCGCCCUGACACGGUCGCGGCCACCACCGGUCUCAGCGAGCCCCCGGGCAGCGCGGGCAGCUGGGGACGCAGGUCUUGGAUCCCUUUUCGGCGCAGACAACAAGACAGCGACGAUUUGGAGGCUCAGCAUCUCGAGGGGGAGAUUAAUGGUCAUGAUUACGCGACGGAGAACUCGAAUACGGAUCGGCAGGCGGAGCAGUACGCGGACGACGUCGUCGACUGGUUGGAUGUUAUCGACCCCGAAGUCGCAACAGUAUCAACGCUAUCUAAUGUCCAGAACUCGCUCUUCGUGCCCGACCUCGGAGGAUGGGUCAACCGCAUGCCUCUGAUCAACCUCACCGGCCGCUCGCCCAUCCCUGCAAACCCCGGCGGCAACUCCGCCCAUGCGCCAGGCGAAACGUGCGCGGAAUGUGAGGCGCGCGCGGAGGCGAUACGUCGCAUGAGGUUGCCGCCGGAGCCCAAGGAGAAGGAGGGCGUCAGGGACAAGCUCAGGCGGCACAAGAAGAAGAGGAAGAGCGAGAAGGAGGGCGCUGUGAAUGGACAUGGAGAUGCGGAGAAGCACGCUGUCCGUGAGCAGGACGGGAAGGACGUGAGGAGCGGUCGCGAGGGCGUUCCGGACACGAUCGCGGAGUCGCCCGCGGCGGAAGAGGCUGCUAUGGCGCUUGUGGGCGAGGAGGAGAGGAGGCGGAAGAAGAAGCGGCGGUCGCAUAUCCCGCAUCCGCUCGCGCAUGCGCCGCACUCGCAUCACUCUGCGCGGUCGCCGGCGUCAUCGUCGUCUGCGUCAUCUAUCGGCUCGUCUUCGGACUCGGAGUACACCUCGGACUCGGAGGACUCUGGACUGGACUCGGACGCGGAGAUGAGGAGGCGCGAGAGGCUGAUGCGGUCUACGGAGACUGUAAGGGGGGAGUACGCUGUGCUUCCUGCGGGCAUCGCGUGGGACGAUUGGAGCGAGCAGGAACGGGCCGAGUUGGACGAUUAUGUGCGGCAUUUGAUGCAUAGUCGGCGGGAGAGGUUUAGGAGAAGGUUGAGAGGAUUUGGACAGUUUGUUAGCCGACCGCUCGGAUUCCUGAUCACGCUUUACGCCGUCCUCAUCACCUUUUGGGGUGCGGCAUGGGUACUUUUCCUCAUCGGCUGGAUCUCUGUGGGAGGACGACAACCUUACUUCGUCGAGAUUUGUGACCAAAUCUUAACGGCUCUUUUCUGCGUCGUCGGCAUUGGCAUGUCGCCCUUCCGUGCCGUGGAUACCUACCACCUUUGGUUCAUCGUCAAGUACCACCGGCUCACGCUCAAGCUGCGAAAGCAGCAUCACUUACCCGACUUGCCGGAUGAGAACGACUUGCCCGUCCCGAACCGCGACGUGCUCGAUCCCGAUCUCGAGGCCCAGUUCAAGCGCUCCGAGCCGGGCGCGAUGGUCUUGACGCCCGGUCAGCAAGAGAUCCUCGAGCAUCACCAGCUGAAGUACCACAAAUCGCACACAUUCUACCGCCCGCACGAAACGCCCACGCACCGCGCCUUCCCCCUCGCGCUCCUCAUCACCAUCACCGUCCUCCUCGACUGCCACUCGAUGUUCCAGAUGGCGCUCGGCGGCACGACGUGGGGCAUCAACUACCACCAUCGUCCUCAAGGACUGACGGCGGGCAUCCUGUGCUGCUCGCUGACGUGCAAUAUCACGGCGGGGAUAUUGAUUGGGGUGGGCGGGCGGAAGACGAGGAAGAAGGAGGAGGUCGAGAAGAGGUUGCGGCAGGCGCUUACGGAGGAGGCGAUGAGUCGGUUGGAGAAGAGGGCGAAGAGGGAGAAGGUGCCAGAGAGUGAGAGGGGGGUGUUGGAGGUUGUGAAGAGUAAGGUUGGGGGCGAGCCGCAUCUCGAGCGCCACCUCUCAGGCUCGGGCGACUCGGACCGCGACCCGCUCGACGACCGCGGCGCGCGCUGGGCCGCGCGCGUCGAGGCCGCAGGCGGACACAAAUCCUCCCGACACGGUUCGUCGCACCACGGCUCCUCGCGCCACGGCAGCCAGCACAAGCACAAGAAGCACCACCAUCAUCAGCACUCGAAGAGCGUGCCGGGCUCGAUGCACGGGAGCGCGCGGCACGCGGAUGUGGGCGGGAGCGCGCCGGCGAGUGUGGGGGGGAGUACGAGCGGGGUUGCGAGUCCGGUUGGGACACCGACGCAGGAGGUGAAGGAGGGGGCGGUUGUUGGGGGUGUUGAUGGACUGUAG